CGAAUAGUAUAUUAACCAGUUUAAGGAUUCACUGGUGAUCAUGCCAAGAAUUUUUCAGGAGAUGUUUUCCAAUUUGGCCUUCUUUGGAGUUCUUUAUUUUACAACCAUUUCUGCCUGUUUGGGUCUAUGUAAUUUAUGCCGUCUCGAAAAUGUAAUAACAAGUCAAUCAUCAUCCUACAUUUUAUUAAUACGCAAUAAAACGUUUACAUCAAGACAAGCGAUAGACGGAAAAUUCCAGAAUCAUUGGAGAAAUUGCGCAGGAACAGGAGUCGAUGAAACAUAUAAUGAAGCAUGGUGGAAGAUUACCCUACCGGAUCUGGCUAACAUUUAUAAAAUCAAUCUUAUGUUCAGAGAAAAAACUACCCGCCAUUACGGUUACUACGUCUUCAUCAACAACCAAGAGAUUGACAUUGAAGGUCUGACCUCCCUGACUCCCGUGUACCAUGAGGAGAAUGAAGAGCAUCCGGGUGUCCAGAACAUCAUCAUGUUUCCUGGUGGUAUCCAAGGGAAACAAAUGUACAUCUAUCAGAACAAAUCCAACCCCAUAAAUGAUAUACACGAUCUGAAAAACAACGUGUUAGAUAUCUGUGAAGUGGAAAUAUGGGGUUGCUUGGACCAAAAUGGUAAUGAGAUGAAUUGUUCAUGUUCUCAAAAUGAAAAUUUUACCGUCCUCCCGCAAGAAACAUUAACAUCUGUCGUUGCAUGGACAUCCAUCAAUAAUCCAUUGACUUUAAAGUGUGAUCAAGGCAGUGUUAUUUUGCAACAGUCUAAACAUCAAUGUGAUUUUAAACCAAAGUGUGUUUUGAGAUACACAAACAAAUCUGUUCUGUUUUUCUGCUCAAACUGCACUGAGCCCAUCCACAAUACAACAACUACUGAACUGCAACAACCCCGACCAAUAUAUACACUGAGUGUUGGUGAUAAUGUUACCUACGUCUGUAAAAAAGGCCAUAGACUUGUAGCGGGAAAUCUUACCAGAAUUUGUCAGGAAAACGGUUCAUGGAGUGGAGUAGAACCGAUUUGUAAACCUUGUACGGUGGCCACGUUUAAUGCUAGCACUACAGAUGCACAGUAUUUUCAACCAAACGGUACAUUGGACGUUGGUGAUAAUGUCACAUACACGUGUAAAAGAGGACAUAGACUUGCCGCUGGAAAUCUCACCAGAAUUUGCCAGGAAAACGGUUCAUGGAGUGGUGAAGAACCGAUUUGUAAACCUUGUACAGUGGCCACGUUUAAUGCUAGAACUACAGAUGCACAGUAUUUUCAACCAAACGGUACAUUGGACGUUGGUGAUAAUGUCACAUACACGUGUAAAAGAGGCCAUAGACUUGCCGCUGGAAAUCUUACCAGAAUUUGCCAGGAAAACGGUUCAUGGAGUGGUGAAGAACCGAUUUGUAAACCUUGUACGGUGGCCACAUUCAAUGCUAGCACUACAGACGCAGAGUAUUUUCAACCAAACGACACAUUGAACGUCGGUGAUAAUGUCACAUACACGUGUAAAAGAGGACAUAGACUUGCUGCUGGAAAUCUCACCAGAAUUUGCCAGGAAAACGGUUCAUGGACGGGAGAAGAACCGUAUUGCAAAAGGUGCAAAUGCUCUUGUAAAAGAUUAGCGUCACAGAAUUUCAUCAAAGAUCCAAUUGUCCUCCAACAGAGAAUUGAGAAAAUCAAAAAAUUCCUGGCGGUGAAUAGAUCGGAGUUGUCUGCCUUUAAGAGGAAGAAGAUAUCAAGCUAUGACGGACGUGCCUCCUCUACAGGAAUAGGGAUGGCUCUGGGGGUAGGGGUGAUAACUUUUGUUAUUGGCGCCAUUGUAUGUAGUGAUCUUCUCACGUGCCGGGCAAGAAGAGGAAGAAGAGCGCCCCGUAAAGCGUGACUUUGCGUACCGUGGAACACCUUACGAAGUGGAACAGGCACUGAAGCUUAUUUUUUCAAAGUUUUUUUUAAUUUUUUUUCUAUAUCAAAAUAUGUAUUGUUGAUUACGUGAAAUAAUCUUUCUUUGGUUAGAUUAUUGUUUAAUUGAUCUUUUACAUUUUAAAACAUGUAUGAUAUACGAGUAUAUCUCUGGUACGAUAUUUUCAGCUACAUGAAUUACAUUUCGUCAUUGAUAAAAAUAACAUAACAGAAUAUUUGAGCAGUCAUAAACACAGCUAUUCAUAUUUAUUUUUGAUUUGAGCGUUUUUAUUGCAAAUAUUUUAUACAAUGGGAUUAGGAAGCACAAAUUCUUAAAACUUCUUCGACCUCUCUCUAAAAUUUCUUUUGGAAGCACACACAUUAAAAAUAAACAUAAGAACUCUGGCUAAGCCACUGCUAAAGUUAAAUCUCAUAGAUAACCUCGAUGUAUCACAAAUGGAACAAAAUAAUAUCGCAUCCGGCUAAAGCACUCUACACGUCAUCGUCUGCUGAUGUGACGUCAUUAGACGGUCGUGUAGAGGAAAGAGUCGAUGAUAACCGUU